AUGGAAAACCAGACUCUUCACAUCAAGGAAGCAAAUAAGCAGGACAGUGGUCUCUACAUACUGGAGAUUACCUAUGAUACUGGGGGAGUUUGUACAGUCCUGUUCAACAUUACUGUGUUUGAUCGUGUCAAGAGGCCUGACAUACAGGAGGACUGGAAGCCCCUGAAGACAGGAAGUUGCCAAAUGACUCUGUCCUGUCUGGUUUCCAUAGAUGGCAAUGUGAACUACACUUGGCACAAAAAUGGUGAGCUGCUCCAAAUGGAGAGCAACUUCACCUACGUGGAACAGUGGAGUGACGUUAAUGGCAAGAACACAUAUACCUGCAAUGUCAGCAACCCUGCCAGCUGGGCAAAUCACACCAUCACCAUUAACCAGGGCUGCCUGAGUGCCCACCAGGGAUCCAAAUUUCUGCCCUUCUUGGUGGUCAUCGUGAUUCUGACCAUGCUGUUUCUUGGCGCCGUCAUCUGUUUCUGCGUAUGGAGGAGGAAGAGGAAGCGGUUGGAGACCAGCCCCACGGAAUUUCUGACAGUUUAUGAAGAUAUCAAGGACCUGAAAAUGAGAAGUCAAGAGCAGCAGCAGCAGCAGCAGCAGCAGCAGCAGCAGGAGCAUCGGGUGCAAGAGGAGGAGCAGCAGAAACCCCCAGGAGGGAGCACCAUCUACUCCAUGAUCCAUGCUCAGGCACCUGCUUCUGUUCCACAAGAUGCUUCGAAUGCAUCAAAUACGCUGUAUGCACUCGUACAGACCUCCCGGAAGUCUGCAUCCAAGGAGAAGACCCGCAGCUCUCCUGUCAGUUACUCCAUCUACGAUGAGGUUGGAAGCAAAACACCUAAAGCACAGAACCCUGCUCGAUUGAGUCGCAAAGAGCUGGAGCACUUUGAUGUUUAUCCCUAGGUGCUGGAGCCAUUCUCACUUCUCCAACACAUCAGCAUCUGCUUCGGGAAUUAGCACAGUGGAUGAUGCUACAGGAAUCUCUACAGGAAAGUUCCUAGUCAGGAAGGGAUGUGGAAAUCUGUUGAUGGCCUAUGUUUUGUUUUGAAGAUGAUUUCUCACAAUCAUGAUAAGCAUAAAUCUGUUAAGUUUUAUCUCCAAACUAAUAGCCAGGACAUGAAUGGAUGGAAAUGCUGGAUCAUUCCUAGAACACAUCUCAGGUACUAGUAAUCUGUCAAAUGUUAUGGAAAUGCCCGUUGGUGCUGAUGUUAGCAUGGAGAUUCCCUUUCUCAGGUUUCCUAAUCUGUUCUGUGGCUCCCAUUCUCCCAGAUCUGGAAUGACUGCAUUCCUAGAUCCUCUCCCUGCCUAGAUUCAUCUUCCAAAGCAAGAAGAGGAAAUGAUGGUGACUUCAGGGCAGAGUAAGAUGUCCUCCUUUGUGAGGUACAUUUUUUGGGAUGUUGCUGGCAUAUUCUCUGAGAUCAGAGGUUGGGCUUGACUCACAUGAAGAUGAACAACUUUCUGCCAUAUCUUACACCCUACUUCUGGCCAGCUGGUCACAAAAGGGCAUGGGCAGACAUGAGAGUUGAUGGUGCAAAGCAACCCAUCCCUGAAAAGAAA